AUGGCGUUGAUCAUACUCCUGCCGUUGUUCCUCAACCUGCUGCACCUGUUCGCAGGUGUCUGCUUUGGCAGGGUCGACGGCGACGACCCGAUCAAUCUGGAAAUGAGAGUCUUCACCAACCCCUACCUACCUGUCAAUUCGACCUUUGACAACUGGUCCACGCACAAAGUCAUCCUCGCCCUCGCGGAGAAGGGACAAUGUAUGAGCUACACCACCUUCGAGGCUAGUCCUCUGCAGUCGCUCGCUUCUUGUGAACUGUACUGCUUCAUGAAUGGGGGUUUCAACACUUGGGAUUGUAUCGCGCCCGAGUUUGACACGAGCAACGAGUAUUGGAAGAAUGCCUUUACGGACGAGCUGCUGUUCCAGUGGUCCCCAGGCAAAUGCAGCUGCUCCAACACCACGAGCCCCACCCCAUCCGUAUUCGGCGACGAUGAUGAUGACAACUUGCCUGCCUCGUCCCCCGGGGAGCUACGCCCAGCGAUCAAGGUGCCCUCCCGCCAAGUCCGAGAACUAUCCCAGUAUGGUUACGCAGUUGAGGUCGGUACGCAUGUCGUGAUUGACCCCCAGCCAGGCUGGAACUACGGGUGCAUCACAUGGACCACCCAACCACCGGCCCAAGCAGGCCAACAGGCUCCAGUGCCUCAGACCAGUGUGAUCGGAACAUUCGCUCUCAUGAUCAAUGGCGUCAACAACGGGGUUCUGCGCGUCCACGAGGCAUGGGCUGCAAGAGACAACCGCCCGUCUGGCCAGAGGGCAGCCUUUUACGAUGAUGUGAUCAACUUUUGGAGAAUGUAUCCGGGUUACAGGAACCUGAACCUGCUCACCGAGGUCCGAUUUGACACUGUCAUCGAGGACACUUUAUGUAACGCGGUUGGAGAGGUAUACCAGAUGAUGGGUGCCAACAUCGCCGGCCCGCUCAUGGUAUUCAGGAAUGGCGCGGGAGCCAACGAAAACAACGCUUUCAACUACAUAAUGCAGCGGGCACGGUUUGCGAGGUCGAUGCAACGCGCCAUCAACGAGUAUGUCGAGUUCGCAGGACGGACAAUCGAGGGUUUCUACUUCACCAUGGGCUUUGCUGGUUUCGAUUUCGCCAUUUAUUUCAAUGGUUACAACCCCGCCACCAUUGGAGAUGCGACUUGGGAAUGGGUAUGA